GGUCAUCAACGCCUAGCUAAUGUGAAUUGCCAGGUCUUCGAGCCACGGUGCCAUUGCUCAUCUCAGCAGGAUCGUGUCUAUCUACAAGCAGGGCUCCCUCAAAGCGACGACGUGUCAAGCAAGCCACAACCUCCUUGCAGAAUCAACGUCGCGAGUGCUACAUCCCAACACUCCCUCAACAUAACGAUAACGGCCCUGAGGCUGCGCUGUCUGUCAACGUCUUUGUCCCCCACAAUACUCGAUAACCAUGCCUUCCAUCAAGGCUGCACAAGAUGGAGAUGACGAGCCACAAACACCGCCGAAUGAUAUCGAUAAUCUGGCAGUUGAUUCUGAGCUCGAUGUACAGCAGCCAGCAGAGACCUCAACAGAUUAUUCCCCGAGACGACAGAGGAAGUCGAUCCACAAUGUCUUUGGCAUACCGCAACACGAAAUCCAGGCCGGAGGUAAUGUCCCAUUUGACUACGAAAAGAAAUUCCCAGAAGAUAAACAGCACGAGGAGCUGAGUCCACUGGCCAGGAUAUGGCAAACAUAUCUCGAAGAAUGUGCUGGAUUUGACGCCGAGAUGGCAGAAGGAUGGAGGGAUGGAUUAGAUGUUUUGCUGGUUUUUGCUGGUCUUUUCUCUGCUGUAGUCACUACCUUCGUCGCACAGACAUCCCAGAGCCUUCAAGCCAACUACAGUCAAGUCACUGCAUCCCUUCUGUUCGAACUCAUCGACGUCACGCGUGCAGCAGCCAACGGUUCCCUCAGCGUGAACAACGUUCCUCGCUCAGACCUCACUCCCUUCUCCAGCUUUCGCCCCAUGACAUCUGAUAUCUGGGUAAACGGCCUGUGGUUUACCUCUCUCUCAUUCAGUCUCGCUACCGCCUUAUUCGCCGUCCUGACAAAACAGUGGAUACACCAGUACAUGGCGGCUUCAUCAGGGACACCCCGGGAACGAUGCCACAUACGUCAAUUCUGGUAUAUGGGGCUGCAGAAGUGGGGUGUGGGUUUCAUCAUUGGGUUGUUAUCCGUGCUCCUGAGCGUAUCGCUUGGUGUGUUUCUAGUCGGUUUGGUUAUCUUCCUUGUCCCGCUACAACUGUCGAUCGCAUCCGUCGUCGGAGC